AAUACAAUUUGUAUGAAUAUAUACUCAAACAUAAAUAUACAGACAGACACACACGUGCAUACUUUGUAUAUCAAUUGUACAUAAACAAACACAAAACACAAGCCACAAUCGCAAUGCAUAUUUAACCAGUAUAUAUUUUUUAAUUGGUUGGAAGUUGUAACUUUGUUUUGAUUGGUUUACAAAAGAAAGCACUUUGAUUGGCCAAAAGCCUAAGCACUCACUCAUACAUAAACCCAUGGAGGUAUAUAUAUAACACCCUCUGCUGAUACUAUACAACAUAUUUCAAGGGGACUAUCAGUUAUAUAAAUCAUAUAUAUAUCAAUUCGACACAAAUAUAAAUCAGGGUAGAGGGACGAUGAUUGUGCUGAAGAUUUCUGCUGUCCUGCUUGCGUAUGCCCUGGUCAGCAUCCAGAAGCCCAGCCUGCACGCUGCACCGUCCAGAGCCGCUUCAGGGACAGAGUCGGACCGAGUGUCACUAGUCAGGCAUAGCGCCCAGAAGCUCCUUGACGCUCUCUUCCAGGAAUUCAUGCAUACCACCUCAGCUGAGCAACCGCCGAACGUGGCUAAAGGAAACAGUGUGACAGCAGAGAAACGGGCGUGCAACACAGCCACAUGCGUGACCCACAGGCUAGCUGACUAUCUGAGUCGCUCAGGGGGAACGGGUAACAGAAACUUUGUCCCCACCAACGUUGGAGCCCAGGCCUUCGGCAGACGGAAACGACACAGCCCCUUAUGAAUUCUGGAGGGCUAACACUAUAGGCUACAUGAAAACCAAGUAAAUGUAUUUACUAAUAAUUGUGUCAUUUCAUAAGCCCUGUAUUAGCCCAGUGAAUGCAUAUUGGGACUAGUUGUGUAUAUAUUCCACUCUUCAUACAAUAACAAAUGUGUAUGCAUGAGUAUGUCCUCAUCUUGAUGGAAAAAUGUGCUUACUAUGUGAGCAUGAGAAAAAGAAUCUUGCAAUUAUUGCGUAUAUAAAAAAAAAAAAAAAUUGUAUUUUAUCGACACAUGUGUUCAACUGUAAAAAGAUGGGCAAGAUCACUCCAAAGACGAGUAAAAAACAACAUUCAAGUCAAUGUUAAAAAUAA